UAUCCGUUGCUCUUAAAAGUGGGUCAGAUAAAAUAGUCAAAUAUCUGCUUCAAAACCGUGCUCUAGUGACAAGCAAAAAUGAAUGUGUUUGUCCUUUUUAUUUUGCGAGUAAAUCAACGAAAAAAGAUAUUUUCAAAUUACUUUUAGAUAAAUGCAACCCUGCAUCCACAUGUCAUGAUGGAAAAUCACCUUUGCAUUUAGCAAUAGAACAUGGAUUUUAUGAUAUAACUGAGAACUUACUUCGCCGGGGUGCUGAUAUCAAUUCCGCAGACAAAUUGAAAGACACGCCUUUGCAUAUUGCCUGUUCAAAAAACAAUGUAAAAAUUGUAAAAUUGCUUGCAAAGAAAGGUGCAAACUUGAACUUGAUCAACAACAGUGAUAUGCUACCUUUACAAAUUGCUGUAAUGAAGGGUUUUGAGGACCUUUUGCUGAACCUACUACUUGAAAUUCCUCUUCAAGUGUUUAAAUCAGCAAUUAACGGUUGUAACAAAGAAGGUGUUAAUAAACUUACUGUACAAGAUCAAGUGUCUAUGUACUCUGCUUCAUCCUAUAAUACUGACGGAAUUUUGCGACUUCUCUUCAAGAAAUUUUCGUCUGAAAAUCUAAGAAAGUUUUUGAAGACAUGUGACAUUGAAAGUAUUAUUGUUGAUGGCAAGACCUCGUUACAUCUCGCAGUAGAAUAUGGAUUUUUUGAAGAUGUUGAAUUAUUAAUUCAUCGUGGUUCUGACAAAAAUGCCACAGAUGCUAAGAAACAAACUCCAUUGCACAUUGCCUGUUCAACAAACAACCCAAAUAUCGUAAAAUUGAUAAUAAAAGAAGGGGCUUUUAUAGAUAUGUUCGAUUCAAAAGACGAAUCACCUGUAUCUAUAGCUUUUAAUAAGGGUUUUUUAGGAUAUUUUACUAUCCUUUAUGUUGUCAUGUCCCUUUCAGCAAUUUAAAUCUUUGCUUCGAAAAUGUAGCAACGAAUAUAUCGAAGGUUCUAAGAUUCACCCGACCCAGUAUGGAGUUGAUGGUGUGAUGCAAUAUCUUUUAAGCAUUUGUCCUAUUGAAAAUUUUGGAUUAUUGUUAGAAGGCAACGACUUUUCUUUGAAAUCAACCCCUUUACAUCUUGCAGUAAAAGGGGGAUUUAUUAGCGUUGUUCAAAGUUUGAUUGACUAUGGGUGUAACGUGAACGCUGUAGAUGAAAGAAAUGAAAUGCCGCUGCAUAUUGCUUGCUCACUUAAUGAUAUGGAGUCUGUCAGAUUACUUUUAAAAGCCGAUGCGCACAUCAUCAUGUCUGAAUUGAUGAAUGAAUCCCCAAUAUGUGUUGCUGCUAGACAUAAAUUCGAGGAGAUAGUCAAAUACCUUUUGGAAAGCUGCUCUACUGAAAACAUGAAAUUGUUGUUGGAGAAAUGUGACGUCACGAGUACGUUUACCAAUGGCAAAACAUCUUUACAUAUUGCAGUGGAACAUGAUUAUAAUGAAAAAGUGGAAAAGUUAAUUACCCGUGGUGCUAAUCUAAAUGCUAGAGAUGAAAAUGGCGAUACUCCAUUACAUGAUGCCUGCGCUUGCAAUUUCAAAAAUAUCGUCCGAAUUCUUUUAAAACAAGGAGCAGAGGUAGAAAUGUACAAUUCUAACAACGAAACACCUCUGCUCAUAAGUAUCACGAUGGGCUCAGUUGACAUUUUACACAGUUUCAUGUAUACAACUCCCUAUCAAAAGUUUAAAUCAUUAUUGGAGAAAUGUAAUAUUGAAAAAUUACAUUUAUCCCAACAACUUCCAUUAGCUGUUGCUCUCCGAAAAGGAUCAGAAAAAACUGUUGAUUAUCUCAUGAAGAGUAGUCCAAUUAAAAAUUUCGAGUUACUCUUUGAUAAGUAUUUAUCUACAAAUUCCAGUGGAAAAACACCAUUACAUGUGGCAACAGGAAGGGGGUUGCUUCAUGUUGCGGAGAGCUUAAUUUUUAAUGGUGCAAAUGUUAAUGCAGUUGAUGAGACUGGACAGACACCGCUGCAUAUAGCUUGCUCCCGAAAUGAUAUAAAGACUGUUAAGUUAUUAGUCAAAGAGGGUGCAAAUAGUUUUAGCUAUAGUGCCAAUGAAGAGACACCAGUAAGCUUGGCAUCCAAAAACCGUUUUGAGGAAAUAAGUCAAGUUCUAUUCAAACACUGCCCAUUAGAAAACAGAAAAAUACUUAAAAAACUGUAACCAGAAAACAGCAACUGAAAUAUGUUCACAUAGGUCGUUCUGCGCAACUUUCAUCGAAUCUUGGUGCACUUAAUCAUGAAAUAUCCAAUCAACACAGGUAAACUAUAUUUUGCUGACAGACUGGAAACACGCAGACAAAAGUGUUAGAACUAUUUAAAGUGAGCCGCUGUUGUAAAAUGCUGAUGCUUACCCGUAUAUUAACUGUGGUAA